GUGGUCCAUCACGCCGCUCAUGUACCCCGCCUCCUUCUUCUUUAAGAUCCCCAGCACGGCGUACGUGGUCCUCACCAGCAUCAACAUCCUGAUCGGCAUCAACGGCAGCAUCUCCACCUUCGUCAUGGAGCUGUUCGGAGAUCACGAAAUCGGCGGCAUCAACGACAUCCUGAAGAAUGUCCUCCUCAUCUUCCCUCACUUCUGUCUCGGGCGAGGACUUAUCGACAUGGUGAAGAACCAGGCGAUGGCCGACGCCCUCGAGAGAUUCGGUGAGAACAGGUUCCGCUCGCCGCUGGAGUGGGACAUGGUGGGAAAGAACCUGCUCGCCAUGGCUGUGGAGGGCGUGGUCUUCUUCAUCAUCACCAUCUUCAUCCAGUACCGCUUCUUCAUCAAGCCCAG